GUCUCUAGGCUCCGCCUCUUUCCCCCUCCCUCCAGGAUCUUUCUUACGGCCAACAUGGCUGCCCCCUGUAUGUCUUGUGGCCGAGUGCUUUCCCUUCGGCUCGGUCACACGAUUAGGGGUACCCUCUGCCAGAGGCCCGGGUACUGGACAUCCUCGGCGUUUGGCUGGCAGACGGGGUCCAGGGCUCAGCUAUUAAAGCAAAUACAUACUACAGUUGUAACAACAAAGAAAAAUGCCCAGGCCUCAAGACAGGAAUCAUAUACAGAGGAUUUUAUUAAAAAGCAGAUUGAAGAAUUCAACAUAGGGAAGAGGCACUUAGCCAACAUGAUGGGAGAAGACCCGGAAACGUUUACAGAGGAAGACAUUGAUAGAGCUAUUGCUUACCUUUUUCCAAGUGGUUUGUUUGAGAAGCGAGCCAGGCCAAUGAUGAAGCAUCCCGAACAGAUUUUUCCAAAACAAAGAGCAAUCCAGUGGGGAGAAGAUGGCCGUCCAUUCCAUUUUCUCUUCUAUACUGGCAAACAAGCAUACUAUUCAUUAAUGCACGACAUGUAUGGAAAGGUCGUCCAGCUAGAAAAGCACAAAGGUCCACUUUCAGAAAGCACUGGGUCCAGAGACCUGAUUGGCAGCAGAUGGCUGAUUAAGGAGGAACUAGAAGAAAUGUUAGUGGAAAAACUGUCAGAUCAAGAUUAUGUACAGUUCAUCCGACUGCUGGAAAAGUUACUGACAUUGCCGUGCGGUCCUGCCGAAGAAGAAUUUGUACAGAGGUUCCGCAAAAGCGUAACUAUUCAAUCAAAAAAGCAACAGAUUGAACCCGUGCAGUAUGACGAGCAAGGCAGGGCCUUCAGCACCAGCCAAGGCCAGAGGAAGAGCGCCACAGCACAGGCGGUGGUUUAUGAGCACGGGAGCGGGAAGAUCCACGUGAACGGAGUUGAUUACCUGCUUUACUUUCCCAUCACACAGGACAGAGAACAGUUGAUGUUCCCUUUCCACUUCCUGGACCGGCUGGAAAAACACGACGUAACCUGCACAGUCUCUGGGGGAGGGAGAUCUGCGCAGGCAGGAGCCAUACGCUUGGCGAUGGCCAGAGCUUUGUGCAGCUUCAUCACUGAGGACGAGGUUGAGUGGAUGAGACAAGCCGGACUGCUUACUCCUGAUCCGCGGAUCAGAGAACGGAAGAAACCAGGCCAGGAGGGCGCCCGAAGAAAGUUCACCUGGAAGAAGCGCUGAGAUCGUUCACAGGAGAGUGAGGAGUACCACAUCUGUGAGCACCACAUCUGUGUGCCUGCCUGGCUCAUGGUGGAGCACAGUCAUGUGCACUGACCAAGGGAGGCAGCAUUUACACAUUGUCUUGGGAUUAAGUUAUGACAUGAUUUAUUUUUUAGUGCUAUUUUGUUAUGGUUACUAUUGAAAAUAAUAAAAAAGAAUGUUAGUUUCA